GAUCGGGUCAAGGACAUUCGACAUCACAUCGAAUAUAACUUGUAUUUGUCAUGAUUGUAAGCCAGGCCUAGUGUUAUUUCAUGAGGUACAUGUGAAUUGAAAAGUAAUGCAUACAUCUACACAAAAUCACUGGUCGUGGUUAGCUGACAAGGUAUCGUGGUGGAUUCCUUCUGUGGAUGCUACCGCAACGGACACUACCGCCUUGUUUGUUGGAGUUGCUGUCUUUGUCACCGUGAGUUGGUUCUGCAUACGCCGGGCCGACCUGCCUCCUGGCCCGCGCUCCUGGCCGCUGGUUGGUUGCUUGCCGUCUCUACUUUUCUACAGUGGCGCUAUCCACGAGAUAUUUCACAAAUUGUCUCAGAGAUAUGGACCGGUUGUCAGCGUUGAUCUGAUCUUUGGCAGACGUGUAGUUGUACUGCAUGGCUUUGAUGUGAUAAGAGAUGCAUUCCAUCAGUACCCAGAGCUAAAUGGUCGUCCCUCAUUAUCUGUCUUUGAGAAAGUAUUGAAGGGAGGUGUAGGUGUUGUGGGAGCCACAGGAGAUCUCUGGAAAACACAGCGUAGGAUAACUCUUAACUUCAUGCGAGACUUUGGCCUUAACAAGCCUGUCUUCGAAGACAGGAUCACAACUGAGACCCAACACAUGCUGGAGGAGAUGCGGAAGCAUGGAGGGCAACCUUUCAAUCCCUCUCACCUCCUGUCCAGUGCCAUUGCCAAUGUCAUCUGCUCCGUCGUGUAUGGAUCCCGAUAUGAGUACUCAGAUCCUCGCUUUGUGGAGCUGCUCCGUGCCGUGUAUCGUAAUCUAGAGCUCAUGGGUGGUGCCACUGGGGCGAUACUGUUCAUGCCUUACUCUCACCUCCUUGCUAGCCUUGUACCAAUGGUCAGGGAGUGUCUUGACAACAUGCAAUAUGUCUGCGAUUUCAGCCAGGAUGUCCUGGAGCACCACCGCAAAGACUUUGAUCGCAAUAAUCUCAGGGAUUUCAUGGAUGUCAUCAUCAAAGAGACUACAAGCAGCAAGACGAACGUGACAAUCAAUGACCUGCACGGCACUACGGCCGACCUGUUUGCUGCAGGCACUGAGACCUCAUCCACAACAUUACAGUGGGCUUUGCUGGCCAUGAUAGUCCAUCCAGAGGUCCAGGGUCAGGUUCAGGAGGAACUUGACCGGGUGGUGGGCCGCGACCGCUUGCCGAAGCUGUCUGACAGGCACCGACUUCCUUAUACGGAAGCCACUCUCCAGGAAAUUCAGCGAAUUGGAAACAUCAUUCCACUGGGUGUCCCACAUGAGGCUUCCAGUGAUGUCACUUUCCGACAGUACCACAUUGCAAAGGGAACCCUAGUCUUGCCUAAUUUAUGGGCACUGGGGAUGGAUCCAGAGUUGUGGCCUGAGCCUCAGUCAUUCAAGCCAGAGAGGUUCCUGGAUGAAACCGGCCAGAACGUGCUUAAGCCUGAUGAGUUGAUACCUUUCUGCACGGGGCGUCGCGCCUGUGUAGGAGAGCAACUUGCCAAGAUGGAGCUCUUCCUUUUCUUCACUCAUCUUCUCCACCAGUUCAUCCUCCAGAAGCCUGAGGGCUCACCUCCGCUAUCCUUCAGAGGGGUCGGGGGCAUCAGCUUGGCCCCUCAGCCCUUUGAAAUCUGUGCUGUUCCACGAAGAUAAUCUAGAUGAAUUUGGGGCAUGCGAUCACCGUAUACUUAUGAGGCCCCCUUUCGUGGAGAAACAAUUGUGCAUGCUAUUGUACAAAGCAACUGCCCUGUGAUAAGAGAACCUGAACAACAGCUAGCACAAUGCUUUCGCCAUUGAAGGGGGCCUCCAUGAUAGAAUUGAGAGUGUACCCGGAUUGACCGACUGAGUUUAGCUUUUCACUAACUUAAUUAAUCUCUACGCCACUGUCGGAGACAGUGCGACAAUAAGGUCACAAGCUUGCCCGGAUGGGACUCGAAUCUGCAUCAUCCUGCUAUCUAGUAGUGCAGACAUCAUAACUGCUCGACCACCAAGCUUGCUAGAGUCGGCUGGUGAUGAUGAAAUCAUUUAGCAGUGGGUACCACAAACAGUAUCUUUAUAAUGACUUUAAUUUUGCUAAAUUUGGAAGAGGUAAUUGACUUUCAUCCUUCACCUAGCUCCUAAAAGCAAAGUCCCAUCAGUGAAAACUUUGGACAUGUUUCUCUGACCUGAUAUUUUACUGGAUACCUACCUUCAUCUUAUCAGGCAGGGUCAGUCCCUACCCCCAAAGUGUUAUUUUGUUCUACCCCUCCCCAGAUAUUUUGUUUGGAAUUUUGUUCGAAGGUGAAUGAGAGUCAUCUUCAAAUGUCCACACAUCCAAAAUGUCUUUCAAAUAAGAGCAAAAAUGGAAUAGAACAAGUCUUUCAAAAAUAUGGAAAAAUUACCAAAAUCAGGUUUCAUAAAUUAUUUAAAUAAAAACAACAAGCCACAUAUACUUUCAGUAUAUUUGUAUAUUGAGUAUUUUGUAGGUUGAAGUAGUAAAUGGUAAAACUAAAAGGUAGCUCUAUAUUUAUGGGAAUAACAAAAAAAUGCUUUUUAAUGAUAAAAAGAAAGUGCUUUCUUU